UGUAAUUUCCAUUUUAUUAAAAGGUGGAGGUCACGAGAAUCCGCCAGAGAGAGAGAGAGAGAGAGAGAGAGAGAGAGAGAGAGUGGACGAUGAGGAUGCUGCAACUGAGCCUUGUUUUCCUCUUCGUGGUCUCUGUACACCAGGCGGGGGCUGUUGAGCUCAUCACAUAUGAUCCACUCAGCACCAUCUGCUUCCCGGAGUCAAAUUACACUGCGAACAGCACCUACCAGCACAAUCUGAAGAGCGUCCUCCUCUCCCUUAGCUCCAACAUCUCCGGCUUCGCAACCGCCGCCGUUGGUCAAGGUCCCGAUAAGGUCUAUGGCCUCGCCGUUUGCCGUGGCGACCUCUCCGCCGCAGAAUGCCAAAACUGCACGGCCGACGCAGCAGCAAUGAUCCAGCAGAGGUGCUCCAAAAGCAAAUCAAGCACCAUGUGGCGCCUGUCCUGUGAAUUACGCUAUUCCAGCAAAAAUUUCAUGGGGACUGUGGAUACUAACUUCUUCUUCCUCACUAACGUCAACAACGCGACCGACCCUGUCCUCUUCAACCAGCAGAUGAAGGCACUCCUUGGAAACCUCUCUGCCGCUGCUGCGAAUUCGAGCUCCAUGUUUGCGAGCGGUCAGAUCCAAUACACUGACUUUCGGGUAAUAUAUGGAGCAGUUCAGUGCACAAGGGACCUUUCCUCGGCUAAUUGCCUGAACUGUUUGAACGAGGCAGUGGCCUUUAUUCCUUACUGCUGCGCCGAGAGGCAAGGUGCUGUGGUUAUUGGUGCCACCUGCAGUAUAAGGUAUGAACUGUACCCUUUCCUAAAGGGUUCGGCCGUGGGUCUGCAACUUCCGUCACCAUCUGUGGCACCACCUACCAGCAGAUCCAAGAACACCGGUACUGCCGUCAUUGCAGUCGCAGUAUUGAUUCCUCUUGUACUGCUCUGCAUCCUGAUCUUCGGAUUAAUCCUGUGGAGAAGGAACUCAAGGAAGACCAGCCAAACUCCAGUUAAUCGGGAUAAGGAGGAGGUUGAUGGCCCAGAGCUGUUGGGCUUUAACCUGCUCAGCAUAAGAGCAGCUACCAACGACUUCUCCGAGUCAAAUAAGCUCGGAGAAGGUGGGUAUGGUCCAGUCUACAAGGGAACAAUUGAUGGCAAAGAAAUAGCAGUGAAGAGGCUGUCCAAUAAGUCUGGUCAAGGAUCAGCGGAGUUCAAGAACGAGGUGCGGUUGAUUGCCAAGCUGCAGCACAGGAACCUGGUCCGACUUCUCGGUUGUUGUAUGGAAGAUGGAGAGAAGAUAUUGGUGUACGAGUUUGUGCCAAACAACAGCCUGGAUAGAGUUUUGUUCGACCGAGAGAAAGGCUUGCCACUUGAUUGGGCUACGCGUCUAAAGAUCAUCACAGGCAUAGCGAGGGGUCUUCUCUACCUGCAUGAAGAUUCAAGGCUCAAGAUCAUUCACAGGGACCUGAAACCCAGCAACGUUUUAUUGGACAACGAGAUGAACCCCAAAAUUGCAGAUUUCGGGAUGGCAAAGAUAUGCGGAAUGGACGAGACACAAGGAAAUACAAAAAGAAUUGCUGGGACAUAUGGCUACAUGUCCCCGGAGUAUGCAAUCAAUGGAAAUUACUCCUUGAAAUCAGACGUCUACAGUUUCGGCGUUGUGCUACUAGAGCUUGUGUCUGGCAGAAAGAAUACCUCUUUCAAUAUUGAUGCAGACGGUGAUAGGGACCUGCUUAAUCAUGCAUGGAACCUAUGCGAAGAAAACAGGCCGCUAGAACUGGUAGAUAAGGCACUGGGUGAAUCCUAUGACCAGAAUGAAGCUUUGAGAUGCAUCCAUAUUGGUCUACUGUGCGUUCAGGAGGCGAUAGUGGACAGACCAACAAUGUCCUCGGUUGGUCUCAUGCUUGGUAGCACCUCCGUCACCCUUCCUGCUCCUCACCCACCUGCAUUUUAUGUGGGCAGGAGGUCUCGGCAUGAGGCGAUAAGUCUCUCAUAUUCCACAGAGCAAUCAGAGGAUCAAACUCUGAAUCUCAUGCAGUCAAGUUCUUCGAAUGCAGUAACCAUCACAGAGUUGCAAGCACGGUAGGAGAUAGAGCUUUUAUGCUCACUAGCAAAUCUGCCAUUGUUCAACUUAAGGCGUCGUCACUUCACCCGAAACUUUGGCUAUCAUGAUAUUUAUGUAUGAAAAUAUCUCUUAGUACUUCAAGCACUUUAAUGAUUAAGUGAAUCAGAUUGCAAAGGGGUUGUUUAUCUUGA